AAUAUAGGGCUGGAGAUUUCCUAUUAGACAGGGAAACUAGUACACUCUUGAAAUUCAAUAUUUGGCAGCUAAAUGUUCACUAGAAUUCAAUUAAAACAUGUAGAUAGGUUAGGUGAAUUAACCAAACGUAACUUCAAAUUUCACAAUAUAAAUAACCAACUUGAGUCCAUCUUUUCACACUCUAUCAAGAAAAGGAAGAAAAAAAAUCACAUAACAAAUGGCAUCACAAGAUCAAAAAUCCAACACCACAAAAACCCCAAAUGGAGAACAUGAUCAAAAAAACCAAGUACAACCCGACUUCCGUUCCUCGAUUCGGCUCAAAUACGUGAAGCUCGGGUGCCAUUACCUAAUCUCCAACGCAAUGUACCUCUUAACAAUCCCUCUUCUCCUCGCAGUCGCGGCUAAUCUCUCGACGAGCCACGUCCACCGUAUACUCGAAACGUGCAACUAUCACCUCCGAUACAACGUCCUCGCUGUAACCGUGUGCACGUCUCUAAUGGCGGUCUUGGCCACCGUUUACUUCAUGAGCCGUCCUAGAACCGUUUACCUGGUUGACUUCUCUUGCUAUAAGCCCGAUUCUUCUCUAUUGUCCACCAGAGAGACGGUCAGUCAAAAAGUUUCGGCAAUUAUCGACGAAGUGAGUGGGGUUUUCACGAAGAAGGUUCUAGAGAGGUCUGGAUUGGGGGACAGGACUUACGCCCCCGGUCUGCAGGAUUUCCCGCCAAAACGCCCGUUUGAAUCCGCCAAGGAGGAAGCGGAAGCAGUUAUCUAUGGAGCCAUUGAUAACUUGUUCGAUAAAACUGGAGUGAACCCAAAGGAUGUCGGCAUCGUUGUCGUUAAUAUUUCCGCUUUUAACCCUACGCCGUCACUUUCUUCAAUGAUCGUCAACCGUUAUAAGCUGAGGGGGGAUGUGGUGAGCUGCAAUUUGGGCGGCAUGGGCUGCAGCGCGGGAAUAAUAAGUAUCGACCUUGCAAAGCGGCUCCUACAAGUGACACCAAACACCUACGCGCUAGUGAUGAGUCUGGAAUGCGUGACGGCCAAUUACUACACCGGCAAGGAUCGAUCAAAGCUUCUGACGAACUGCCUCUUCCGGAUGGGCGGCGCCGCCAUCCUCUUGUCGAACCGGUCCUCCGACCGCAGGCGGUCAAAGUACGAGCUCAUGCACACAGUGCGGACCCACAAGGGGGCCGACGACAGGGCCUACAGGUGCGUGUCCCAGGAGGAGGACGCCGAGGGCAAACUCGGAAUCUCACUCACCAGGGACCUGAUGCCCGUCGCGGGGGAGACGCUGCAGGCCAACAUCACCACGUUGGGCCCUCUGGUCCUCCCUGCGUCGGAGCAGAUCCUCUUUCUGGCCACCCUGGUGGCCAGAAAGGUUCUGAAGAUGAAGAAGGUGCGGCCGUACGUGCCGGAUUUCAAGAUGGCGUUCGAGCACUUCUGCAUCCACACUGGCGGGAGAGGGGUUUUGGACCAGAUGGAGAAGAAUCUCCGGCUGACGGAGUCGGACAUGGAACCUUCUAGAAUGACGCUUUACAGAUUCGGGAAUACUUCGAGCAGCUCGCUCUGGUACGAGCUGGCAUACGCGGAGGCGAAGGGGAGGAUCCGGAAGGGGGACCGGGUUUGGCAGCUGGCGUUCGGGUCGGGUUUCAAGUGCAAUAGCGGCGUGUGGCGGGCGUUGAAGACGGUUGACCCGAAGAAGGAGAAGCAUAACCCAUGGAGCGAUGAGAUUCACCAGUUUCCUGUUUCUUUGCAAGAAACGAUGCCGUUUCCUGCUUGAGCUUGUUAUACAAUAUUGCUGGUUCACUGCACCUGAAGCAUUGGGUAUUUGUUUUUCGUUUUUUUUUUAGAACUAUUUUCUGUUGGUUGAAAUAAAAAUGUACUCUCCCAUAUAUCUAUUUUUAGUGGGGAAAAUGGGUAAAAAAUCUUAAUCAAAAAAUUAUUCUUAUAUUUAUU